AUGUCGACUGAAGUGGAAGCAUCCAGAAGCAGGAAAACUCAGCUGGAGAUUGUGACCCAGGUCCUGUGUGUGGAGGGCUCCCCUUUCUGCGCUCUGCGCUCGCGGGUCAGAGCGACCCAGGCCCUGUGUUUCCAGGGCUCUCGCUCUGCGCUGGCGGGUCAGAGCGACCGUGCCAGCCACUGGCUGGCGAGGCGUGUGCCUCUGAGCGUAGUAGAGUGUCUGCGAAGCGACCGUGCCAGCCACUGGCUGGCGAGGCGUGUGCCUCUGAGCGUAGUAGAGAGUCUGCGAGUGUGGCGAGGCUGUGCUCUGGGCUCACCGCUCUGCGCUCUGUGCUCUGUCCUCUGUGCUCUGCGCUCUCGGGUCAGAGCGACCCUGCCAGCCAGUGGCGAGGCGUGUGCCGUCGCGCGUAGUAGAGUGUCUACGAGUGUGGCGAGGCUGUGCUCUGGGCUCACCGCUCUGCGCUCUGCGCUCUGGGCUCUGCUCUCGUGGCUCAGCGGACCCGCUCGGCUCCACCGAUCGGCCAUGGCCGCGCGUUUUACGGCCGCGCAGGUUCUAGAACAGAUCUUGUCCAGCGUGGACCAAGAAGACUACUCGGAUUGCCAGGAGGAGGAAGAGGAAGAGGUUUCGGAAGACGAAGACGGGGAGGAAUACAACCCCGAGCGCCGCGAGGUCGACGAUGCCUCUUCUCCCUCUUCUGAGGAAGAGCAGCAGCCCGAGGAAGAGCCGCCCGAGGACCGCGACGAGGAAGAGAUCUCCUCGGCCCCGGACCGACUGGUCCCCGUGGCCUACGGCCGCCACCGCGGGCCCCUGGCGAUCUGCCGCGCCGGGCCGGACCAGACUCCGGGCCCCACGGCCUAUGCCGCGACGCAGGCCCGCGACAUCGCGUCCGCCUUCCACCUGUUUGUCACGCCGGCGAUAGAAAGGAUAAUUGUGGAAAUGACGAACCUGCACGGGGCCAGAAAAUACGGCGACGGCUGGCGACCCAUGGACGCCACGGACCUGCGCGCCUACCUAGGGCUGCUGAUCCUAGCGGGCGUCUACAGGUCCCGGGGCGAGGCCGCGGCAAGCCUGUGGGACGCCGAGAGCGGCAGGACCGUGUUCCGAGCCACCAUGUCGCUCAAGGUCUUUCACAGGUACUCGAGGCUGCUGCGAUUCGACGACCGCCAGUCGAGACCCGCCAGACUCGCCACGGACAAACUCGCAGCCAUACGAGAGGUCUGGGACCUGUGGGAGGCGCGGCUGCCGGCCCUCUACAACCCGGGGCCCGACGUGACGGUGGACGAGCAACUGGUCCCGUUCAGAGGCCGCUGUCCCUUCCGUCAGUACAUCCCCAGCAAGCCGGCCAAAUACGGCAUCAAGUCGUGGGUGGCCUGCGACGCCAAGUCCAGCUACGCUUGGAAGAUGCAAGUGUACACCGGCAAGGCGGCCGGCGGAGGCCCCGAGAAGAACCAGGGGAUGCGCGUCGUCCUCGAUCUGACAACGGGCCUGAGCGGUCGCAACGUCACCUGCGACAACUUCUUCACCUCCUACGACCUGGGCCAGCGGCUCCUCGAGAGGAACCUCACCAUGGUGGGCACGGUGAGAAGGAACAAGGCCGAGCUCCCGCCCGCGCUGCUCGAGUCCAGGGGCAGACAGGUCCUGUCCUCCAGGUUCGCCUUCACGCCCACCGCCACUCUGGUGUCCUACCUGGCAAAGAGAAACAAGAACGUGCUACUCUUGAGCACGCUGCACACAGAGGGCCACAUCAGCGAUCGUCGCGACAAGAAGCCGGCCCUCAUCCUAGACUACAACUGCAACAAGGGCGGCGUGGACAACCUAGACAAGGUGGUGGGCACCUACAGCUGCAGACGGAUGACUGCCCGCUGGCCCCUGGUCGUCUUCCACAACAUCCUCGACGUGUCCUCCUACAACGCCUUUGUCAUAUGGCGAGAGAUCAAGCCUGACUGGAUGCCUGGCAAGCGGAACAAGCGCAGGGUGUUCCUCGAGCAGCUGGGAAAGGCACUCGUGAAGCCGCUGAUCCAAAGAAGGCAGCAUCUGCCCCGCACCGAAGCGGCGUCAGCCCUUGUCAAAGUCCUACAGAGUGCUACGGCGGCGCCUCCUGAUCAACAGAGCCAGGGCCCCGCCGCUGGCACGGCCGCUGCCCCGCCCGUUGCCCCGGCCACCACCGGGGCAAGUAAGAGGAAGAGGUGUCAGCUCUGCCCACCCAAGAAGGACUCCAAGACACACACGGUGUGCUGCAGGUGUAAGAAAUACAUCUGCAAAGGCUGUUCACACGCCUACUGUCACACUUGCGCACAUUGGGCCUUUAGCCAGGACGGGACAGGGUGACCCGGAGGACGCGGGGACUAGACACAGUACCAGGACCACGGGAGGG